AUGGUGGAAAGGCAUGGCAAGAUCAACAGUGCACAGCUCAUAGGGGUUGUGAAGCAGAGUAAGACAACAGGGCCUGGAAGAAGCAGCCAGGGAACAGACAGAAACACAAUCUUGCGUGCUGGGUGCCUGACUCAGCUCUUUUUCUUCUGCUUCUGUGGCGUUUCUGAGGCCUUCAUCCUUUCAGCAAUGGCCUAUGACCGCUAUGUUGCCAUCCGUAACCCACUGGUGUAUGCAGUCACCAUGUCUCCCUGGGUGUGUUCCCUCCUGUUAUUAGGUGUUUAUGGGAUGGGGUUUGCUGGGGCCAUGAUCCACACAGGAAACAUAAUGAGUCUGACCUUCUGUUCUGACAACCUUAUCAAUCAUUUCAUGUGUGAUAUCUUCCCUGUCCUUGAGCUAUCCUGUAACAGUACAGAUGCAAAUCAGUUGGUGGUCUUUAUUGCUGUGGGCAUUAUCAUUGGCAUACCAACCAUCGCUAUCUUCAUUUCUUAUGCUCUCAUCCUGUCUAGCAUUCUUCACAUUCGUUCCACAGAGGGUAGAUCCAAGGCUUUCAGCACCUGCAGCUCCCACAUGAUUGUAGUUUCUCUUUUCUUUGGUUCUGGGGCUUUUGCAUAUCUCAAACCACCAUCCAUUUUUCCCCUCGACCAAGGAAAAGUGUCUUCUCUGUUUUAUACCAUUGUGGUACCUAUGCUAAAUCCUUUAAUCUAUAGCUUGAGGAAUAAGGAUGUCAAAAUUGUUUUGAGGAAAGCCUUGAACAGAAAAAUACUUUCCUAA